AGCUUUUCAGGGCAGUUCCCGAAGCAUGUCCUUGUUCAACGUGUGCAGCUGGUGGUCAGCGCAAUGUGGAGACACCAGUGGAGACUACGAUGUGGCCAGUUUGCUGUGUGCUCGUUUCGGACUGGAGGCGCAGGAGAAGGACUACAUCAUUGUGGGCUCCCAGAGCGGACAACUCAGCAUCUACUAUCCACAUGCCAAUGAGUUUGAUGCCACAGAUUUGUUGCUGGAGACGCAGCUGUCGGCGCCCAUUUUAGGUCUCUAUGCGGGCAAGUUUAGCGGCAAUGUACGCAACGAGAAUGUCAAUCAGCUGGGCGUGCUCCUGCCCAAUGCCAUUGCCAUCUACAACGUGCAGACCAUCAGCGGAUUGGCCGAAUAUGGCGCUCAACUGAAGCUUCAGCUGCAGGCAGAGCAUAAAUUUCAGCGGGUUGCCUUCUCCAUGUGCCAGGGUCAUUUUGGCCAGGUGAAAGGUCGUGAGUUCUUUUGCGUGGUGCACUUGGAUGGCACAUUGACCUUUUAUGAGCAGGAUGGCAUCUCAUACGAGUGUCGUUUUCCCGGACAACGCAGCUUGCCCGCUCCCGUGGUUUACUGCGAACGCACCGAUAGCUUCUUUCGCUUCAGCGCCACCUGGCAUCUGCAGUCCUAUAGCUAUCAGGAUCUCUCGCACUCGCUGGUUACCAAAAGCAGCUACCAACCCAUUUGGUCGCAGUGCAUCGGCGAGGGCAUCCUUGACAUGCGUGUUGUGCAGCUAAAGGAGACUUGCUCUUAUAUCAUGAUUCUGGGCGAACGGAACUUUAUCUGUUUGGACGAUAAUGGCAAAUUCAAUUUCAUUCUCAAGCUGGAUUAUGCUCCCAAGUGUUUCUACAGUUUUGUGGUGGGCUAUUACUGGGAGCCUGGUGCGCGUCUCAUUACCGCCAUUGUCUCGGAUGCCUCCAAGCUGCACAUCUACGACGAGGCGAACAUCAUCUGGGCAGCACAGUGGCAACAGCCGGCUCCAGUCGCCAUACAGCGUUCCAAUGUCCAGGCUCUGGCGGGCAGCAUUGUGACCUUGUCGGCCACUGGACAACUGAUGGUGGGCUAUUUGGGUGCCCAGCCGUAUCAGUUCCAGGUGCAGCCCCUGAAUGUUGAGGAGCUGACCUUUGCCCAGGCCCAUAAGCAGCUGCAGCAGCUGGAGGAUGAGAUCAAGGAGUCUGUGGACAUACGCGACAUGGAUGCACUCAAUCAACAGGCAGCGGAUCAGGUGCGUCUCAGUUUUAGCAUACAGCAGGAGAUCUUUGAUGACCUGGACACGCUCAUGUUGGAUGUCCCAGCGGAUGUGGCGGUCAAGGAGCUGCCCUCGGCCAAGGGUCUGCUUAAGCUCAAAGUCAAGGCUGAGCUGGCAGAGCUACAGCUGGUCAUACAAACACCAAGUGGAAUACGCUGCAGUCAGGAGACACUCAGCCUGGUGGAUAUUCCAGCAGGGACCAGUCGCGAGUUGCCGCUGGACUUUUACAUGUCCGAGCUUCUGCACGUGCACAGCACACGCAUCGAGGUGUUUGCCUCCUUUGUUAGCCCUCGGGGCAUUCCGCGUGUCAUUCAGCAAAGCGCUUACUUGCCGCUGUCCAUGUUCUAUCGCAGCUGUCAGCCUCAAAAGGCGGCCGGCAUUAAACUGACCUACACUAUCACCAGCAAGCAUGUGCCGCCCAAGCUGCUCACCUUCUUUGGCGAAUUUCUGGAGGCGGAGGCCGAAACACAGGCGCUGGGUCUGCAGCUGCUCUGCCCUGGACUGGAGAAGCUAACAGAGGUUAUUACUGUGGUUGCAGCCAAGAAUUCAAAUCGACUAAGAAUACAAUCGGACUAUGUGGAGACGUUUGCCAUGAUACUGGAGCGCAUUGUGGAAACAACUAUGCAGCUGGACAGCGCCGCGGGGUUGCUUAAAAUGCACAAGAAGAAGCCAAAACGUGGCGUACUCAAUCGCUGUGUGGAACGCAUCAUUGCGGCGCCUUUCAUACCCAUUCAGCCCAUUCUUCAUCGUGCCGAUGUCCACCACGAGACGCAGCAGAACAUACGCAAGCAAACGGAACAACUGGAGGCACUAUGGCAACAGUUCAAGUCAUUACAGCGCGAGUUGCAGGAGCAAUCGGAGAGCGAACCAAAAGAGACACUCACCAUGCAAAUCGAGGCGAACUAUGACCACCUGAUACUGGAAGGCGAUAAGCUGGUCGAAAUACGACGGGAUGAGCGGAGGCAGCGCAGCGACCUCAAUUGUGCCGUGGCAUUGGCCAAAUGGAUAAUACAUGCUUUGAACCUGGAGGAGCGUGUAGUGAAUGUUGUUAGUUCAGUCCUGAGCAUACCUGUGGAGGACUGGACGGAAUUGAGUUGGGAGGAAUCGAUGGCACCCGGCAUUGAUAUGCUACAUCAUUUCGGGCCGUUAAUGCGUUCCAAGUCGACAUCGACGCACGGAUUGUUGGACGACAACAGCACAAAGAGCACAUUUGAUUACGGCUGCUUUAGACGUCACUUUGCCACGCUCUUCGAUCGCAUCGUACGCUUGGCCUCAUCCUCGGCGGACGAGCAGAAAACACAGAAAAAAACCGCAGCUAUGGAGCAACCAGUUGAUGCAACACACCAGGCACAGUCAGUUGAUGAAAUUGGCAACAUGGAACGCAUGUUGAGCGACAAGGCAGCACCUUUAUCACGCACUGUGAAGCCCAAUCUGAGCAGCUCCUUGGAGGCAGUCGAAGACGAGGAGGAGGAGGAGGAGGAGGAAUACGACGAGAACGAUUUGCGCGAUACAGGCUAUCGCAAGAACUAUGGAGCACCUGCCGCUGGCGAGGAACAGACGACCACCAAACGUUCCGACUGGGUCAACGAGGAUUUCGAGCUGCCAACCACUGAGGAAUUGUUCAGUGAUUUGGGCAUUUGGUGGUAGAUACAAGCACAUAAAUAUCUUGGAAUUCUUUUACUCAAAUAUACUUGUGGACAAACUGUCA